CAAAACAAUGGCCAAGAAAAAUGCAAGAUAAGUAUGAUAAGUAUUGGGGACGUUGGAAUGAGGAGGUGGAGAAUGAAAGGGGGAAGGGGAAAGGAAAGAAAAAGGAAGAGGAGAAUGUGAACAUGUUUGUAUUUGCUGCAACUGUUCUUGAUCCAAGAUUCAAGCUUUCAAACUUCACAAAACUAGCAAUUGAAGAAAUGUAUGGUGAGUUAAAUGGAGGAAAAGCAUGGGAGGCGGUGAAAACAUUUAUGCAUGCUUUGUUUGAAGAGUACAAAGCUAAGUAUGCACCAAGUGAUGCAAGCAAGCAUGUGCGAGCUCCACAAUCUGAACUAACUCAAAAAAGGGAAGGAAGGAAAUUGGUGUCUCGGAUAAAUAAAAAGUUGAGAGUUGGUGAUGGUGAAGCUAGCAUGAGCAAAUCUGAAUACGAGAAAUACCUACAUGAAGAGAAUGAAGUAAAUAGGGAUGAUUUUGACAUUCUAAAAUGGUGGAAGAACAAUGCUGCUAGAUUCCCAAUAUUGGCAAGAAUGGCCCGUGAUGUGUUGGCUGUUCCGGUAUCAACGGUUGCGUGUGAGUCAGCAUUUAGCACAAGUGGUCGCAUCCUAAAUGAAUUUAGAACCUCCCUUACACCAUUCAUGGUCCAAGCUCUUCUUUGUGCCCAAGACUGGCUAAGGGGUUCUAUUACUAUCAACAUUGAAGAAGAUGAGGAGGAAUUGUUAAGAUUGGAAAAGGAACUAAUUGAAGAGUUUGGUAGUACAAAUUCAUCCAAAUCGAAAGCAAGUAGUAGCAAGUCUGUUUGCAAGCCAUCUGGGGCUGAGCCAUCUUGCCCACCUCCAUCCUCUACUUAAACAUUGGUGAGUUGCAAGAA